AGUAACUAGUUGUUAAACACAAAUUUCAAAUCAAGUCACGAAUCAAGUUUCUUGUCUUCUGAGUCUUCAUUAUAAACUUGAAACCCGAGGCGUUUUCUUUUUUUCCUAAUCUGAUGAAGUGUGCCUGAGAAGUUUGAUCGGUGAAGAAGAAAUAUGUCGGCCCCAAGAGCGGCUUGUAUUGGGCCUGUCCUCAUGACCUUUGCCGCAAUGGCUGUACUCUUAUAUAUUGCUGGUAGAAAUUAUUAUGAUUUGCAUACAGAAAGAUACGAGGAAACAACGGACUCGGAUAAUAAUACUUCGGUGAAACGUCGAGAAAUAUCUCGUAAACCACUGGAGCAUCACCGGGAAACGAAAUCUUCGGUUUGUCGGUCACCAGAAUGUCUUGACGUUGCGAAACACAUCCGUGGUUCUCUAAACAUGGACAUUAAUCCAUGUGAAGAUUUUUACAACUUCGCUUGUGGGAACUGGAAAAAACAUAAUCCACUUCCUAAGAGUUAUAAUGACUUCAACACGUUUUCAAAACUUUCUCAUCACAUUGAGAGAGAGUUAAGAGGAUUGCUUGAGGACAAUAUCAAGAUUGGUUCACGAACUAUAGAACAAGCAUCUGUCAGGAAAGCAAAGCAUUUUUAUAAAUCAUGCAUGGAUGUGGAAGAGAUUGAAAGAUUAGGGGCAUUACCGAUGCUUAAUUUCAUCGAAAGCAUUGGUUCUUGGGCUGUUGCAGGAAAGAAGAAAUGGCAGGCAAGGCGGUGGAAUAUUUAUAAAGUUCUGAAACACAUUCAAAAACUUUACUAUCCCGCUUCGCCUUUCUUUUCUGUUGAAGUAACCAAUGAUCAUUUGAAUUCAACUAGACAUUUAAUAAAGAUUGAACAGUCUGGACUAAGCUUGCAAAGAGAAAUAUAUUUUAAGCACCCCGAGAUGGUGAAGAUAUAUGAAGACUACAUGGCAAAAGUUGCCGUUCUUCUUGGAGCAAAACCUGAGGUUGCUAAACUUCAAAUGAAACAAGUGAUGAAAUUUGAAACGAACCUUGCAUAUAUCACUGCGUCUGCGGAGGAUAAAGCUGAAGGGCUUUAUCGUAGGAUGAAGAUAAAAGAGCUUAUCCAUCGAGUACCACAGUUCCCAUGGCUACAGCAUUUAAAGUAUAUCUUUCCUGAUGCCCACGUUAGCAAGACAGAUGUUGUUUUGGCCACCUCGCCUAAAUAUCUCCGGAACAUUGCAAAGAUUAUCAAACACACUCGCAAAAAAAUACUUUCAAACUAUUUGGUAUGGCAAAUGAUCCGUACAAAAGUAAAUCUUCUUUCGGAACGAUUUCGAAGAGCCUAUGGCGAUCUUUAUUACAAAAUGCCGGGAAAACUAAAGGAACGAGAUUUAACUGCAACAAAUUCUUUAGUCAAGACUGCUUACUUGCAUAGCAUUGAUCCGUUGUUAUCAAACUACAUAACUUGGCAAAUGGUGAGAGAGAAAGUUGGUCUUUUAUCACGACCAUUCCGUAAAGCUCGCUCUGACUUUAAUAAUAAAAUAACUGGAGUGAAAGACGUCGAAGAUCGCUGGAGGACAUGUACCAGUAUCACUAAUGACAACAUGGGAGUGCCAAUUGGAAGUUUGUACAUUAAAAAAUAUUUUGAUGAUUCAAGAGUCAAUACAACUAUGGUAAUGAUUGGUAAAAUUUUGGACGUAUUUAAACGUAGAGUGACAAAUCAUGACUGGAUUGACAAUAAAACUACUGAAGGUAUUUUGGACAAGGCAAAUGCUGUUUUUAGUAAAGUAGGAUAUGCUCCAUAUAUAAAGAAUCCACGGUCUCUUAGAAAGAGAUUUAAAUCACUUGAAGUUGAUCCAAAAAGAUUUUUUUGGAAUAAUGUGAAUGUUGACAAGUGGGUGAGAAAACGCUUGUUUGCAAAACUACGAAAAACCGUCGAUGCAGAAAAAUGGCCGAUGUUUCCACAAACUAUCAAUGCAAUGUAUCAAUUUUAUGAAAACGAGAUAGUUAUCCCUGCAGGAAUUUUAAGACCACCAUUUUACUACACUGGAAACGUUCCCAGAUCCCUAACUUACGGAGCAAUAGGAUCAAUAAUUGGUCACGAACUAACUCAUGGUUUUGACAAUACUGGUCGUCGUUUCGACAAGAAUGGAAAUAUUAUUAGUGAAUGGUGGCAAGCAUCGGCACUUAAAGAAUUUGAUAAAAGAGCAAAAUGCAUUGAGAAACAAUAUUCAAAAUACAAGAUUCAAAGUAAAUAUCCGCUCAAUGGGAAAAUCACUUUGGGUGAAAAUAUUGCAGAUAACGGAGGAACAAAACUGUCAUACUAUGCGUAUAAAAAUUGGUUGAAGGAAAAUGGUGUUGAGAGAUCUCUUCCUGGCGUUCCUUUCAAUAAUGAACAGCUAUUCUUCAUAGGUUACGCCCAGGAAUACUGUGGUGUUUCGAAUCCAAAAACUGAAUAUAUAUCAGCCUUGAGCGAAGUACAUGCUCCACCACGUUUCAGGGUUAUUGGAACGUUAUCAAAUUCUAGCCCAUUUUCAAAGGCAUUUAACUGCAAAGCUGGAUCGCCAAUGAAUCCAAAGAAAAAGUGUGAAGUUUGGUGAACGAAACAUAUCAUUUUAGAAGAAUGUUGGAAAUAAUGAAUGAACUGAGUCUGACGGCGGAUAUUCCAUGGCUAAGUGAUGAACAUUUCACAGCAAUGAAGAAAUGAGUCCCGGGUGAUGACUGGAAGGCAUAAAAUGAAUAAGUGACAAAAAUUAUGGCAUAUAAAAAACAAAAACUGAAACAAAUUCCCAUAUUUUUUACUCUACAGCUAGUGUUCAGAAUUAGAUAUAGUUAAGGCAUCGACGGAUCGAGGUUAGAAUUACGGGCUAAGUGUAGGAUUAGUAUGUAGGAUUAUAUUUGGAUUAAAAUUUAUAUAGGGUGGUUUAAAGGCAAGAGUAAACCGCAAUCGUAUACAAUUAAUGAUGUAUAGUAAAGAUGAAAUCAAUUUUAUUGUAUAGGUCAUAAAGGUGCAUGUUUUGCCAGAUUCAUUGCUAUUAUAUUGACAACUGGACCAAUCAUAUUUAAAUAGCACAUGGAGAUCGACUUAGCCAGGUAUCAGAGAGGAAUUGACGCUCUUCAUACAUGCACAUGCAACGUGGGGCAGGAUUACCGCCCUUGCCUCUUGCACAGUUCCAUUGAUUAAUUAGAAUUUGAAUUAUUGACGUUUUCU